GCGGGAGCGGGAGCGGGAGCGGGGGUAGCGUUGGCGGCGGCGGCUCCUCCUCGGCCAUCCCCUCGGAGCCGUGCAGCUGACGCGCAUGGCGAAGACAGCGGCGCCUACCGAUGGGAGCAGCGGUUCUCGGCUGGACCGGGUUGGUGGCCUGAAUGUAUUAGCUUUGCUGUGUCUGCCUAAGAGAAAUAAGAAUGUCUAAGCCCCUGGAGGCCGAGAAGCAAGGUCUGGACUCCCCAUCAGAACACACAGACCCUGAGAGAAAUGGACCAGACAUUAACCAUCAGAAUCCCCAGAAUAAGGCCUCCCCAUUCUCUGUGUCCCCAACUGGCCCCAGCACCAAGGUGGGCAUUCUCUCUGGCCUCCACUUAACAUUCUGGGGUCCCGGACCCUGCCUCUCUCCUCCCCAGAUCAAGGCUGAAGACCCCAGUGGUGACUCAGCCCCAGCAGCACCCCCGCCCCCCCAGCCGGCUCAGCCUCAUCUGCCCCAGGCCCAACUCAUGUUGACGGGCAGCCAGCUAGCUGGGGACAUACAGCAGCUCCUCCAGCUCCAGCAGCUGGUGCUUGUCCCAGGCCACCACCUCCAGCCACCUGCUCAGUUCCUGCUGCCACAGGCCCAGCAGAGUCAGCCAGGCCUGCUACCGACGCCAAAUCUAUUCCAGCUACCUCAGCAAACCCAGGGAGCUCUUCUGACCUCCCAGCCCCGGGCCGGGCUUCCAACACAGGCUGUGACCCGCCCCACGCUGCCCGACCCGCACCUCUCACACCCGCAGCCCCCAAAAUGCCUGGAGCCUCCAUCCCACCCCGAGGAGCCCAGCGAUCUGGAGGAGCUGGAGCAGUUCGCUCGCACCUUCAAGCAACGCCGCAUCAAGCUGGGCUUCACACAGGGUGAUGUGGGCCUGGCCAUGGGCAAGCUCUACGGUAACGACUUUAGCCAGACGACCAUUUCCCGCUUUGAGGCCCUCAACCUGAGCUUCAAAAACAUGUGCAAACUCAAGCCCCUCCUGGAGAAGUGGCUCAACGACGCAGAAACUAUGUCUGUGGACUCAAGCCUGCCCAGCCCUAACCAGCUGAGCAGCCCCAGCUUGGGUUUCGACGGGCUGCCCGGGCGGAGACGCAAGAAGAGGACCAGCAUCGAGACAAACGUCCGCUUCGCCUUAGAGAAAAGUUUUCUAGCGAACCAGAAGCCUACCUCAGAGGAGAUCUUGCUGAUCGCCGAGCAGCUGCACAUGGAGAAGGAGGUGAUCCGCGUCUGGUUCUGCAACCGGCGCCAGAAGGAGAAACGCAUUAAUCCCUGCAGCGCUGCCCCUAUGCUGCCCAGCCCUGGGAAGCCGGCCAGCUACAGCCCACACCUGGUCACACCCCAAGGGGGCGCGGGGACCUUACCAUUGUCCCAAGCUUCCAGCAGUCUGAGCACAACAGUUACUACCUUAUCCUCAGCUGUGGGGACGCUCCACCCCAGCCGGACAGCUGGAGGGGGUGGGGGCGGGGGCGGAGCCGUGCCCCCCCUCAACUCCAUCCCCUCUGUCACUCCCCCACCCCCGGCCACCACCAACAGCACAAACCCCAGCCCUCAAGGCAGCCAUUCGGCUAUCGGCUUGUCGGGCCUGAACCCCAGCACGGGAAGCACAAUGGUGGGGUUGAGCUCCGGGCUGAGCCCAGCCCUCAUGAGCAACAACCCUUUGGCCACUAUCCAAGCCCUGGCCUCUGGUGGAACCCUGCCCCUUACCAGCCUUGAUAGCAGCGGGAACCUGGUGCUGGGGGCAGCCAGCGCAGCCCCAGGGAGCCCCGGCCUGGUGACCUCGCCUCUCUUCUUGAACCACGCCGGGCUGCCCCUGCUCAGCGCCCCGCCAGGCGUGGGUCUGGUCUCAGCAGCAGCUGCAGCUGUGGCGGCCUCCAUCUCCAGCAAGUCUCCUGGCCUCCCCUCAUCUUCUUCAUCAUCGUCGUCCUCCUCCACUUGCAGUGAGGGGGCAGCACAGACCCCUGGAGGCCCAGGGGGUUCCGAGGCUGGAUCCAAGGCUGAGUGAGGGCUGGCCAUGCCUCCCCUCCCACUCCUCUGACUCCCUCCACCUUGGUCCCCUGCCCAGGAAGAGGGCAAGGAGUUAGGUGGUGGGGGAUAGCAGGUCCUUGGAGCAGGAGUGACAAAGGAGGAAAGACCAAAAAUCCAACCAAAAAAAAAGGAAAGAAACUAAACAACAAAAAAGAAAACCAAAAAUAAUCACAACAGAAACCAGCUGUCCUAAAGGAACCAGAGAAGAAACACACACACACACACACACACACACACACACACACACACAAACCCCAAAACCAAACAAAAAUCCCCCCACAAAAUCAAACCAAAAACUAGUCACGAGCCAGAUCUCGGAGUGCUGACCCUCACUGCUACGACACCAAAUAAGACCCCCAGCCAGGAGCGGUGCAGCCACCGGCAGGUCGGACCUCAUGCCCCCCCGAGCCCUGGCUGUGGGGCCAACCCCUAACCUGCCCCCGCUGGGGGUGGGCGAAGAAGGAACUAGAGAAUGUGCCAGCUUGCUGGCUCCAGCCCAAGCCCUGGGCCAAUGGAGACAGGGCACUGCCUGGGGCAGGAGGCCCAGGGCCCAGAACCACCUGCCAAAUGGUCUUUUCCAGAAGGUAAAAGAGAAAGGGCCGGAACAACCUUACACCAAAUAUUCAGUAGCUUCAUCCAAAGGAUGUACAGAAUUUUUAGCGUUGUGCUCAACAGAAUGUGCCCCUUCCAUGUGUCCCCUCUCCCCUGCCCCCCAGCUCUCCCCAACAGGGCAGGGGGUCUUGCUUUAACCCUCCCACCCCCAGCCUGGGGAGAGUUCAGAGGAAGGCCUGGGAAUGGCUUUUCGCUUCCUGUACCUCCCCCUUUUCCCUUUGAAGGGUGGGCUAGGCCAUUUUGCCAAGUUCCAGCUCUCACAAGUUCCUCCUCAACCUGGUCACCCUCUUCUGCUCUGGAGUCUGUCCCCUCCCCAGACUACAGGGAGGUGGUCAUUUCGAGCAAAAGGGGAUGAGGUGAGGGCAUCCAAGUUGUCUUUCUUUCCAUCCUGUCUGUCAGUUUCCCUGAAAAAAACAAAAAAACAAAAAAACUUCA